AUGCAGCAUCAAGAGGCCACGGAGACCUCUCCUCUGCUGGCAAAACCCACCGCUGCUUUGCCAGAUCCUAGUCUCACUCCCAACAGUGUGCCUCCCAGCGAAAUUGGGGCCACUGGGCAUCCAAAUGGAGACGCGAAGCCUGCGGAGGAUGAGGAAAGCCAAACUAACGGCGAGGAUCGAGGUCACCAAUAUGAAGGCAUGCCAGAUGUGAAAGCGAAGCUCUGGUACAUCGUGCCAGCAAUCGGGAUUGGUACAUUCCUUUCAGCUGCAGACCAGACCAUUAUCGUAUCCUGUUAUGGGAAAAUUGGUAGCGAUUUGAAGUCGUUGGAAAAUACUUCAUGGAUUGCCACAGCCUACUUCCUCACACUGAGCUCCUUCCAACCGCUGUACGGAAAGAUGAGCGACAUCUUCGGAAGAAAGUCCUGCCUUCUUUUCGGCUAUGCGAUCUUUGGCCUCGGUUGUCUCUGGUGUGGUUUAGCGAGGAACAUGAACGAACUCAUUGCUGCCAGAGCCUUUGCAGGUAUCGGUGGUGGAGGAAUGACGACCGUUGUCUCGAUCAUACUGAGUGACAUCGUACCGCUUCGAGAGAGAGGGACCUGGCAAGGGAUAAUCAACAUCAUCUAUGCCUCAGGGGCUGGCUGCGGUGCACCACUCGGCGGUCUGUUGGCGGACCAAGUCAGUUGGCGAUGGGCUUUCCUGGCACAGGCACCAAUGUGUGCUGCAGCUUUUCUCAGCGUUGCUCUUGUCUUAAAACUUCCCGAGCAAGAAUCAUCGGACUGGAAGACCAAAUUGCGGCGAAUUGACUUCUUAGGCGCGUUCCUGCUCGUAGCAGCGAUUUUUCUCCUGCUCCUUGGAUUGGAUCGAGGUUCAAAUGACUCCUGGUCGGCCCCAAUCACUAUCACUUCGCUCUGUAUAUCAUUCCUAUUGUUCCUUCUCUUUAUAGUUGUCGAGCUCAAGCUGGCGGCCGAACCAUUUGCGCCUGGACGCAUCAUCUUCAAAAGGAGCCUUGUGGCCUGCUACCUUUGCAAUUUUUUCGCGUUCGGAGGAUGGAUGACAGUACUCUUCUAUAUUCCACUCUUCUACCAGGCCGUUGAUGGGUUCUCUGCUACCCAAGCUGGGGUGAGGCUUCUACCAAAUGUUGUUGCUGCCGUCUCGGGAUCUCUUUCUGGUGGCCUCCUGAUGCAGAGGACGGGAAAGUACUAUUGGCUCACUGUUCUGGCAUAUUCAACCUCGACCUUCGGAACCCUCCUGAUCAUCCUGUGCACAGGAUUGGUAGUCAACAAUACGUAUGGUAUCUCGAUUGGACUCGUCAUGGGUGGUUUCUGCCUUGGAAUCGGAACCACCACUACCCUAAUCGGGCUGAUCGCCAAUGCUGCACCAGAAGAUCAGGCCAUUGCGACAGCGUGCUCGUACUUAUUCCGGUCUCUUGGUUCCGUUGUAGUCUUGUCUUUAACUGCCAGCGUCGUUCAGCAAUCUUUAAAGAACCAACUGCGGGAACAUCUAAGCGGAAAUGACGCGGACGAUAUCGUGAAGAGAGUACGAGAGAGCUUGGACUAUGUCAAGACUUUGGAGCCAGCAGUGCGAGAAGCUGUCCGGCAAUGCUAUGCCAGUUCGACGAGGAACGGGUUUACAUUCUCACUGGGCAUAGCUUGCUGUGCAAUGUUGGCAAGCUGGUUCAUAAGGGAGAAGAGUCUUAGUCGAUAA